AUGAUAACCUCCCUUGAAAGAGAUGACUUCCUGACACUUGGUCGUGAAGCGUUAACACGUACGUGUGACGUCAAUGACACGGUAUGCGUAGACGAGAGGAAUCUGUUCAUCGACCUAAUUGCACGUGAAGGCAGCGCCGAGGCCCAACUGCUGGUUCUGGAGCACGUGAUGUCACAGCCCAAUGUGACCGAGGAGGACAUGAGGAGAUGUCUCUUUCAUGCCAUCGCCCUACAGAACCCCGUGACGGAACUGGUGAGUCAGGUGGAACAAUUGUGCUUUGAAGACGACCAUGGGCUCGGUGAAACCCCUGCUUUGUCGAAGACCCGGAAGAGGGCGUGUCUGUCCUUGGGGGCCAUGGCCAAGUCCCUGCAUGACCGCAACACCACUGAGUCGGACAGGAUUGUGGAGCGGAUAGAGAACUGGCUCGACCACCACAACGAAACCAAGUCCAGCGACAUAAUCAAACCCCGCCGUCGUCGGUCCAUCGUACAGCAUGAUACGCCGGCUCUGAAGCAUAUCGAAACCAAGAUGGUUCUCCUACAAAGUCUUGGCAACGCCGGGAAACAGCGGUCAUUACGUCACAUCCUGUCGUACAUGAAGCCGAAUGUGGGCGUCACAGCGUGGCGUCGAGCGGCUAUAAACGGGCUCAGACAUUUCUCUUGCAAUAGGAGCGCGGAUGCAUUGUUAACGAGUAUUAUAUACGAUAAUGACGAGGUAGUGAGGAAAACUGCCCAUCAUGUGUUCAAAAGGCACCCAAAGGCAGACGACAGAAACUUUACUAUUGAGCACGAGACCGAAGUGAUCAGCAAGAAUUACACCUAUCCUAUCGUGAGUCGUGUCCGAAGAAGCCUACUUCAGGCGCUGGAACAAGGAAUCCAGGUGACAAUACACUAG